CCCGCAGCGCCCGCGGAGCGGCCCGAGCGUGACCACCUCCAGAGCGGCGGCCGAGGCGGCUGAGGCGGCGGGGCGCGGGCGAGUCAGGCGGGACGAGGCGCCGAGAUCUGAGAUUCCUUGAGGUAGCAUUGAAGAGCACUAGGACCUGAAGAUGAGUGAACUUGACCAGUUACGGCAGGAGGCCGAGCAGCUUAAAAACCAAAUUAGGGAUGCUAGAAAAGCAUGUGCAGAUGCAACGCUCUCUCAGAUCACAAACAACAUCGACCCAGUGGGAAGAAUCCAGAUGCGCACCAGGAGAACGCUGAGGGGGCACUUGGCCAAAAUUUAUGCCAUGCAUUGGGGCACGGAUUCCAGGCUUCUAGUCAGUGCCUCACAGGAUGGCAAACUGAUCAUCUGGGAUAGCUACACAACAAACAAGGUCCAUGCCAUCCCUCUGCGUUCCUCAUGGGUCAUGACCUGUGCAUAUGCCCCUUCUGGGAACUACGUGGCCUGCGGUGGCCUGGAUAACAUUUGCUCCAUUUACAAUCUGAAAACUCGUGAAGGGAAUGUACGUGUGAGCCGCGAACUGGCCGGACAUACAGGUUACCUGUCCUGCUGCCGCUUCCUGGAUGACAAUCAGAUCGUCACCAGCUCUGGGGACACCACCUGUGCUCUGUGGGACGUCGAGACCGGCCUGCAGACGACCACAUUCACUGGACACACUGGGGAUGUUAUGAGCCUCUCUCUCGCUCCCGACACCAGACUGUUUGUUUCUGGUGCUUGUGAUGCUUCAGCCAAACUCUGGGAUGUGCGAGAAGGAAUGUGCCGGCAAACUUUCACCGGCCACCAGUCUGACAUCAAUGCCAUCUGCUUCUUUCCAAACGGCAACGCAUUUGCCACUGGCUCGGAUGAUGCCACCUGCAGGCUGUUCGACCUUCGUGCGGACCAGGAGCUCAUGACUUACUCCCAUGACAACAUCAUCUGCGGGAUCACCUCGGUGUCUUUCUCCAAGAGUGGGCGCCUCCUCCUUGCAGGGUACGAUGACUUCAACUGCAACGUGUGGGAUGCACUCAAGGCCGACAGGGCAGGUGUCUUGGCUGGGCAUGACAACCGCGUUAGCUGCCUGGGGGUGACUGACGAUGGGAUGGCCGUGGCGACAGGGUCCUGGGAUAGCUUCCUCAAGAUCUGGAACUAACGCCUACAGCAGCUGGUCGUCGUGGCGACUGGAAGACCAUUCCAACCUUGAAGCGUUACAGUGAUAGCAUUUCCAAUCCACCCCUACUAACGUGGACGCCCUGCACCCCCUCAGAACUUCAAAAGGGCAAGACCUUUUCCUUCACUUAUUGCUGAAACCAAGAGCACAAUUCCCAUGAAGAGAAGAAUCUCUGUGCUGUAAACUCAAACAAAUUGUGCAUUCCUCCCGGGACCAUUGUCUUUGUUUUCUUUUUUGUCUUGAAUGAAUUUAAAAGGAAAUACUAUAAUAAACGUGCUAACCAGAAAAAAAAA